AUGCCGCUGCUGCCGCUGCUCCUGCUGCUGCUGCAGCUACCGGCGGGCUCCGCCGAGACCGCGGCGGGGGCAGUCACCCCCGAGCGGCUCCGCGAGUGGCAAGAUAAAGGAAUCUUCAUUAUCCAAAGUGAGAACCUCGAGAAAUGUAUUCAAGCCAGCAAAUCUACACUGACCCUGGAGAACUGCAAACCACCCAACAAGUACAUGCUGUGGAAGUGGGUUUCAAACCACCGCCUAUUUAACAUCGGAGGCAGUGGCUGCCUGGGCCUGAAUGUGUCUAGUCCAGAGCAGCCGCUGAGCAUAUAUGAGUGUGAUUCCACCCAUGUCUCCUUGAAGUGGCGCUGUAACAAGAAGACGAUCACAGGCCCACUCCAGUACAUGGUCCAGGUGAAGCAGGACAACACGCUUGUGGCCUCAAGGAAAUAUCUCCAUAAGUGGGUUUCCUAUAUGUCUGGUGGUGGAGGCAUUUGUGACUAUCUGCACAAAGAUUUGUACACAAUCAAAGGGAAUGCCCACGGGACUCCGUGCAUGUUCCCCUUCCAGUACAAUCAGCAGUGGCAUCACGAAUGUACCCGGGAAGGGCGGGAAGACAACUUACUGUGGUGUGCCACUACCAGCCGAUACGAAAGAGACGAGAAGUGGGGAUUUUGCCCAGAUCCUACAUCCACAGAGGUGGGCUGUGAUGCGGUCUGGGAGAAGGAUCUCCAUUCACGCAUUUGCUACCAAUUCAACCUGCUUUCCUCCCUGUCCUGGAGCGAGGCUCAUUCUUCAUGCCAGAUGCAAGGAGGUGCUUUAUUAAGUAUUGCAGAUGAAACUGAAGAAAAUUUCAUAAGGAACCACUUGGGCAGUGAAGCAGUGGAAGUAUGGAUGGGUCUGAAUCAGCUGGAUGAAGAUGCUGGUUGGCAGUGGUCUGACAGAACACCACUCAACUAUCUGAACUGGAACCCAGAAAUAAAUUUUGAGCCAUUUGUUGAAUAUCACUGUGGAACAUUUAAUGCAUUUAUGCCAAAGGCCUGGAAAAGUCGGGAUUGUGAGUCUACCUUGCCCUACGUGUGUAAAAAACAUCUAAAUCCCACUGAUCAUGGAGUAGUUGAAAAUGAUGUUUGGAAAUACUAUGCUACCCACUGUGAGCCUGGCUGGAAUCCCCACAAUCGUAAUUGCUAUAAACUUCAGAAAGAAAAAAAGACCUGGAAUGAGGCUUUGCAGUCUUGCCAGUCCAACAACAGUGCAUUAAUAGACAUAACUUCGUUAGCAGAAGUGGAGUUUCUUGUAACCCUCCUUGGAGAUGAAAAUGCAUCAGAAACAUGGAUUGGUUUGAGCAGCCAUAAAAUUCCAGUUUCCUUUGAAUGGUCUAAUGGCUCCUCGGUCACCUUUACUAACUGGCAUACACUUGAGCCCCACAUUUUUCCAAAUAGAAGCCAGUUGUGUGUCUCAGCAGAGCAAUCUGAGGGACACUGGAAAGUUAAAAAUUGCGAAGAAACACUUUUUUACCUUUGUAAGAAAGCAGGCCUUGUCCUUUCUGACACUGAAUCUGGCUGUCAAAAGGGAUGGGAGAGACAUGGUAAAUUCUGUUACAAAAUUGACACCGUCCUUCGAAGCUUUGACCAUGCCUCCAGUGGUUACUACUGUCCUCCUGCGCUUAUAACCAUUACAAACAGGUUUGAACAGGCUUUUAUUACCAGUUUGAUCAGUAGUGUGGUAAAAACGAAGGACACUUAUUUUUGGAUCGCUCUUCAAGAUCAAAAUAAUACAGGAGAAUACACUUGGAAGACGGCAGGGCAGAAGUUGGAGCCGGUCAAGUACACACACUGGAACACACGUCAGCCCCGCUACAGUGGUGGCUGUGUUGUCAUGCGAGGGAGGAAUCACCCUGGCCGCUGGGAAGUGAAGGACUGUAGACACUUUAAGGCGAUGUCCCUGUGCAAGCAACCAGUGGAAAAUCGGGAGAAAACCGAGCAAGAAGAAGGAUGGCCCUUUCACCCCUGCUAUUUGGAUUGGGAGUCAGAGCCUGGCCUGGCCAGUUGCUUCAAGGUAUUUCAUAGUGAAAAAGUCCUGAUGAAAAGAACAUGGAGAGAAGCUGAAGAAUUUUGUGAAGAAUUUGGAGCUCAUCUUGCAAGCUUUGCCCAUAUUGAGGAAGAGAAUUUUGUGAAUGAGCUCUUACAUUCAAAAUUUAAUCGGACAGAAGAAAGACAGUUCUGGAUUGGAUUUAAUAAAAGAAACCCACUGAAUGCUGGUUCUUGGGAAUGGUCUGAUGGAACUCCUGUUGUCUCUUCAUUUUUAGACAAUUCUUAUUUUGGAGAAGAUGCAAGAAAUUGUGCUGUUUAUAAGGCAAAUAAAACGUUGCUACCCUCAUACUGUGGUUCCAAACAUGAAUGGAUAUGCAAAAUUCCAAGAGAUGUGAGACCCAAGGUUCCACCCUGGUAUCAAUAUGAUGCACCCUGGCUCUUUUAUCAGGAUGCAGAGUACCUUUUUCAUAUUUAUGCCUCGGAAUGGUCCUCCUUUGAGUUUGUCUGUGGCUGGCUGCGCAGUGAUAUUCUCACUAUUCAUUCUGCACAUGAACAAGAAUUCAUCCACAGCAAAAUAAGAGCGCUAUCAAAGUAUGGUGUAAAUUGGUGGAUUGGACUUCGAGAAGAAAGAGCCAAUGAUGAAUUUCGUUGGAGAGAUGGAUCACCAGUAAUAUAUCAGAACUGGGACAAAGGAAAAGAAAGAUCUAUGGGCCUUAAUGAGAGCCAGAGGUGUGGCUUCAUUUCAUCCAUAACAGGUCUCUGGGCUAGUGAAGAGUGUUCAAUUUCUAUGCCUAGCAUCUGUAAGCGAAAAAAGGUUUGGGUCAUAGAAAAAGAGAGAGAGAUUCCAAAACAACAUGGAACAUGUCCCAAAGGAUGGUUAUAUUUUGACUAUAAGUGCCUUUUGCUGAAAAUCCCUGAAGGCCCAAGUGACUGGAAGAACUGGACAUCUGCUCAAGAGUUUUGUGUUGAAGAAGGGGGGACACUGGUUGCCAUUGAAAAUGAGGUGGAACAAGCUUUCAUUACCAUGAAUCUUUUCGGCCAUACCACUAAUGUGUGGAUAGGGUUACAAAAUGAUGAUUAUGAAAAAUGGCUAAAUGGAAGGCCUGUGUCAUAUUCUAAUUGGUCUCCAUUUGAUACAAUAAAUAUUCCAAAUCACAACACCACUGAAGUUCAAAAACGCACUCCUCUCUGUGGCUUGCUGUCAAAUAAUCCUAAUUUUCAUUUCACUGGAAAAUGGUAUUUUGAAGACUGUAGAGAAGGUUAUGGGUUUGUUUGUGAAAAAAUGCAGGAUGCUUCUGGACACAGUAUAAAUACAUCUGAUAUGUAUCCAAUCCCUAAUACCUUAGAAUAUGGAAACAGAACUUACAAAAUAAUUAAUGCAAAUAUGACUUGGUAUACAGCACUAAAAACCUGCCUGAUGCAUGGAGCAGAACUGGCCAGCAUUACAGACCAGUACCACCAGUCUUUCCUCACUGUUAUCCUUAACCGGGUGGGAUAUGCCCACUGGAUUGGACUGUUCACUGAAGAUAACGGUCUUAAUUUUUACUGGUCAGAUGGUACCAAAUCCUCCUUCACUUUUUGGAAAGACGAUGAAUCAUCCUUCCUUGGCGACUGUGUUUUUGCUGACGCCCAUGGACGCUGGAGUAGCACAGCCUGCGAGUCGUAUCUGCAAGGAGCCAUUUGUCAAGUGCCCACUAAAACAAGAUCAUCUGGACACCUAGAGUUGUGCUCAGAAGCAUCAAUUCCCUGGAUAAAAUUCAAAAGUAAUUGCUACAGUUUUUCUACAGUCCUAGACAGUACAAGUUUUGAGGCUGCUCAUGGAUUUUGCAAAAAGAAAGGCUCUAAUCUUUUAACAAUCAAAGAUGAAGCUGAAAACUCUUUUCUUCUAGAAGAGCUUUUAGCUUUCCGUUCUUCAGUCCAGAUGAUUUGGCUGAAUGCUCAGUUUGAUGGUGACAAUGAAACCAUAAAGUGGUUUGAUGGAACUCCCACAGAUCAAUCAAACUGGGGUAUUCGGAAGCCAGAGGUGGACCACUUCAAACCCCAUCUGUGUGUUGCCCUGAAGAUUCCUGAAGGAGUGUGGCAAUUAUCCUCAUGUCAAGACAAAAAGGGAUUUAUAUGUAAAAUGGAAGCAGAUAUUCACACAGUAAAGAAGCAUCCAGGAAAAGGACCAAGUCACAGCAUUAUACCUCUUACAGUAGCACUGACACUGAUAGUGAUUCUGGCAAUUUCCACACUUUCUUUCUGCAUGUACAAGCGCAGGAACAUUAUCUUCAGGAGACUUGCUCAGCUUAGAAAUCCUUACUAUCCUUCAGGCAACUUUAGUACAGUACAUUUAGAAGAAAAUAUUCUCAUUUCUGAUCUUGAGAAGAAUGACCAAUAAUAAUGAAGUGAGAGAACG